AUGAAUUUGCGACCUGUUCCAGGAGUUGCACAACUUUCACAAAUUUAUUCUUCCGUUAUCAUUCGAAUCAUAUGUUUCACGGAACUCGUUUACAUCACGCGUCGUGACGUCAUACUGUGGCUGAAGCUUCCGUUAUUGCCGCAAUUUCAGGAAAAUGACGCUUUCGGACGAGGCCGAGGAAUGGACGAUGGCGACUCCAACAGAUUACCAGUAUUCUUGUCCGUAAGCGAAAUAGAGUUCCCAGUUUCCGAGCGCUCACCCCGACGUGUUAUAACCGUCUAUAAUCCUUAUGGAUAUUCAAUCCAAUACAAAGGCAUAUGCGAGCGUCGUAUUAUCGUAUCUAGACAUCGCAUUCUCACGCAUACUACAAAACAGUUGCCGCAAAAUGGUCCUUUCCGUGUCAUUUACAAAGGAUUCAAACAGCUUUGCUUUCUUUUCUAUAUCGAGUAA